AUGCCAAGACUCCCUCGAAUAACCCGUCCCUUACUCCAAUUCGUCGGCGGUCAAGCUGUCGACACAUCCAAGAUGAGCAUACACCCUUCGUUAAGAAAUCUGGUGGACCAUCACUCAAUCAAUGCCUCCCCAGAACCCUCAGGUGAGAGUGAAUCUGAGGAAGAGGAGGAAGAGCAACGCCGAAAGCCUUCCCCCCAAAAGACCAGAAGCCAAAGAGUAGUAACGCAAAUGGCAAGAAAAGACACGCAAUCUAAAAACAAAGAUAGCAAUGCCGACGACACCGGAAUGUCGGACUGGAACACGGACCGACUGAAUGGUAGCCAAGGCCGCCGAAUCUAUGGAUCAAGCCAGUCUCAACGUAGUGCUCCCUUGAGAAACAUCCGCUCAGGAUCGCAGAAAUCGAGUGCUGGAAGUAACGGAGAGGGUCGAAAUCCUUCGCAGAAUGGGACACGCUUCAAGGCGCCAUCAGAACCUCCGAAACAGGCCCGUGGACCUACCCCAAAGUUCAAACCAGGGAAUAAGGAGUCUUCAAGCAGUCCAACUGAAAACGGAGACGGUGGUCCCAGAAAGCGGAAAAGGGGCUCCGUGGACGACGGCUCCGUGGACGCUGUGAAGUUCAUAAAGCCUCCUCUAACCACUCGUCCCGAGUCUGGAGCUCCCACCGCCCGGAUUCAGCUCCCCCCUGAUGUCAAACCCGCAUUACACACUGCAGCUCAGUUCCGAGUACAUCCCGACGCACUUUUCCAACCGCCUCCGGGUGCUCAUUUCAACGUUCCUUCUAUUGCUAAGGAUAUCCAAGAAAUGCCUUUGUCACCCCAACGACUGAGCUCGUCACCAAGCCCACUGAUCAAGGUCUCCUCUGAUGAAAUCCAGGCCCCGGAGGAAUUCACCGGGCCAACAUGUUUGAUCUGCAAGUCUCCGAUUCCCGCAGAGCUGUUCGAAAUGUUCCUGCAAAAUCAUGGCAAAUCGUUCCUGAAAGGCGGCUCUACAGACUUUUACCUAGCAGCGGCGAGCAUGCGUUGGCCAUACCAGAUGCAAGCCCUACUUCAUCGAAUCCACCGGCAGGAGUCUGCGUCGCAAGAAUGGGUGGCGAAAGGCUACCCGCAGAUCGACUGGGAAUCGCUCAGCAUGCGCGUCGCGCGGCACAAAACGGAGCUCGUCAAGGUGCUGGAACGGAAGACUCCCAGCGAAGUCCGCGACCGGUACGAAAAGCGAGUUGCGGUGGACGGCCACAUGCCAGCUGCACAAGCGUACUUGAUGCCGGGAAGGAACAAGGGGAUGGAUGGAAACGCAGCAGAUGACCUACUGAAAGGGUUGACCCCUGGGUACUACGGUCUCCGUGGAGCCCAGAUGAUCCUAGACGAGCUGGAAGACUUGCUGCAGGCACCGCUCGCCAAGGCGCGGAAGAAAGAUAAGUUGGUUGGGAGGGCGACGGUGACGUACCUUCAGGAAGUCAUGGUGCCAGAGGUGGGAUGGCGGUUGAUCAUGGACGAUCUGGGGGUGGACGAGACGGAAGCACGGAAGAUACUGAAGGACAGCGCGGACAUUGGGAUGCUGGUGCACUCUGGAGAAGAGGCACUGGGAACUUUGGAGGAGGAGGAUUUGUCUGAAGAGGAUGGCGAUGAGGACGAUGAAGAGGAGGAAGAGGAGGAAGAGGAGUGUGAGGAUGGCGAUGAGGAGGAAGCGGAAGCAGGGUCUGAUGACGAUCGUGAAAGCGGAAAUGAGUUAGAUGUCAUGGUCUGA